AAAGCUAGGGGAAAAAAGCAAACAGCGGAGCAAAACUGUGUUUAGGAUUUUCUGGAUUAUGUGGCGUAUGUAACUAUUCGUUUUUGUUUAUCCCAUAAAUUGCAGGAUUUUUAGUCGAUAACAAUCUUAAAACCUGUAUCUGCAUCCGUAUGGUCUGUAAAAGCGUAUUAAUAAUAUACGUGUGUGUUCUGCAGUUAUAAUACAUUUAUAACACAGACCCUAUAAUAAAGACCCUUAUGGGCAGUUUAUCGUACAGGGAUUAAGCGUUGCUAUAGACUGUAUUUUCCUUUCAUUAGGCAGUCUUUAUUUAAAAUGCGGAGUAUUCCAGGAAUAGGUUUAGUCUAGGCUGUAUAGAAAACAGACCGUUUAAGAGUUUAAGGGGUUAAAGCAUCGUUUUCUUCGAGCCAUUUUAAACAGCGACCUUGAAUCAUCCUAAUAAGCGGAUGUCAGUGUCAGAGACUCUGUGGCGGCUCUGCGUGGGUGGACGGACUGUGGCUUUUUCUGCUGUGUAAUUCAUGUACAUGCACUCCACUAUUUUUUCUUUCUCUCUCUCUCUGACUCUCACACUGUUUCGCUAUCUCUCUCCCUCGCUCGCUCUCUGAGCACAGCGGCAGGCUAGCUCAGCAAACGAUGGGAAAAUCUGAUCACCUUUUUUCCAGCAAACACAACCAUGUUAAGAACACAGUGCUUUAAAUGGAAUGGGUCUGAAGGCGUCGGAUCCGGAGGGUGAAAACACGGCCGCUGUUCGCUAUCCAUAUCUAACACACCCCUGAUUAUCUGCGGCCAUUUUAUCUUUGCGAAAAAAAAACAGCGUCAGGGUUUCAAAAUGGCCGCUGUGCUGUUGGGAAAUGAGCUCUCUGCAGCUCUGCAUCACACAGUCUGUGUUAGGACACGAAUGACGAAGAGAACCACCAAAACACCAAAACAUGUCCUGAAGCAGAGGAUGGUACGGUCACACUGCAGCUAACUGCCUGGUUGUGUGUCGGUGAGCAGGAGAGACAGUAAGAGAGGGCGAACGAGAUAAAAAAAAGGAACUGAAUAACAGAAAUAAAGAUAAAGAGAGAGUGCUGUAGAGCAGUGGAGUGAGAGCAAUAGAGAGAGACUGACAAACGGAAAAAAAGCAAAGAGGAGAGCAGAGGUGUAAGACGGGUUUGCUGUGGCUGGGCUGAGCUGUGGCUUUGAUUGUGGCAGUUUAGUGCACAAACAUUAGGCCAAACAUCAGGUAAUCAAUACAUCAACUAAUCAUUAUCGAUGUUCCAGCUUUUCUCGUUAGGUCAGAGGGCUACAUAGAACAAUGUAACAAUGUAAGCAACAAUAAGGUUGAUAUUUUCUUUCCAACACCCACACAUAGCAGCAAGUUUCUAGGUCACGACUGAUAACGUGUCACAAUUAAAAAUGCUGUCACAAUUUAAAAAAACAGUUUGCAGUGAUAGUAUUGUACAACACUGAAAUUAUGUACAGAAUCAGGACUGUUUUUACACCUGAAGCUGGUUUAUUUGAUCUGAAUCAAUUAACAGGUUUGUUAACUUGGACCGUUUUCCCCCUUCUCCGACAAGAAAAACUGCAGUGCAACAAAAAGCGUCACAAUAAACCAUGGGAGCACAUUCUCUCAUUCCAGACCAACAUGUAUAUUUGGACACUUCUUUCAAUGGGAUGCAUUGCACGGACAUCAGUGCAUUUACUGUGGAAAACUUACCAUGCACUUACCAUGUUCAGUGUAAAAACAACUUAUUAUGGAGCAGCAGCACAGAGGUCAUUAGUUGUCAAUAGCUGUAGUAAUAAUCUGGGUAAUAAAUCAGUUAAACUGCACCUGAACCUUAAGGAGUAUAUUUGCUAGUCGGGUUGGAUCGAGGUCAGAUCACAUUCUUAAUCGCUCACCGGACAGAGAACACCUCCUCUCAUGGGUUUCAGUCUGGUUGUAUUGGUACAAACCCGAGUACGAUUAGUGUUUUCACGCCUGCCUAAGCAAACUGCACCAAGGGUCCAAACAAACCAAAGUCUGUUUUACACUGGUCAAUUUUAAACUUUCAUUUAACAUGUGAGCUACAUUCGUAAAGGCUUCUGGCCUGAACUGGCCAAAACACAAUCUUUUUUGUCAUAUGUGACUUGAAUUUUCAGAUUUGGACCACUUUUAUAUGUGACAUUGAAAUCAGAAACAUAUCUGAUUUGUGGCUUUUACUGUACGUCAGUCUAAUGCAAAAUGGUUGACAACAUUGAGAGAUAGCAAAAUGACGUUAAGGCCAAACCAGAGGUGUAAAAUAAAAAGUUUAAAAUCGCAGUUUACCGAAAGUAGGUGUGUCCAAAUAACCAAUAUUUUUUACGGCAAGCUUGAACGCAUUCUUAGGGAUAAGCCAGGCUGUCAGUCAUUGGAACACCUUAAUAGCUCCUGUGAUGCUUGAGAAGAUGAAACCAAAACUUCGGGGGUGACAUCGGGGGUGAAAUAACCUGAUGGGGACAUCGCUGAUGUAAAACUGUAGUUAGAACUAUAACUAGCCUAUGUUAGAACAUUUUGUUCACAUGGUGAAGCCGAGCACUAGUGAGUCACAGUGUGGUCAACACCUACUAAUAACGGUCCAUGCAUUGUGUUGUGCUCAAUAACGCAGAAUCACAGGCCCACUGCUUCUCUCACAUUAACAGGAUGUGAUCGUGCAGUGCGAGGGCGGACAGACCUUUAUUUCCUCUCUAGUGUUUCUGGUUCUCUUCUUUAACAUCAGUCUGCAUGAAACUGCUGAGUCAUGCCAGCGAUUGCGGUGCUGCGAGGCCUGUAGUCUCCUAUCCUGAGAAAUGCAUGAUGGUCGUCCACCACAGUAGUCACGGGAUGAUGGACAGUACCCAUCCCCUCAUGGUCCUCAGUCGGCUCAGCGAACAGCGCUCAAGCGGUCUGUUCUGCGAUGUCACUAUUGUUGUGGAAGACAUUAAAUUCCGUGCUCACCGGAACAUCCUGGCUGCCACCAGUGGAUAUUUCCGCAAUGCUUUUACAGCCUCAGAGACUUGCCUGUCCAGCCAGGUGCUCGAACUUCCAGACCUGAAGUCUGACGUGUUUGCCAUCAUUCUCAACUUCAUUUACUCUUCCAAGGUUGAGACAGCAAGCCAAGAAGACAACAAAUCCCUGGUGGCUGCUGGUAAAAAACUGGGGAUCCCUUUUCUAGAGAAGCUUCUGGAGAUUGGAAAACAGGAGCCUGAAGUGUUCCAAAACCAGUCGUCUGCUCUCUCAGAAAGCUCUUCCAGUCAGCCAAAGCUCUCUAUCCCCUGCACUUUGAAGAAGGAGAUGCCUCGGCUUGAGGAGCAAGACUGCUCCAAAGGACCACGGAUAACCAAUGCUUUCUCUAUCACAGAAACAACAACAGGCAACCCGUUCACUCCAGUGGACUUGCAUAGCAAUGGCCACCAACAGCAACAAGAAACAGGCCACGAUCCAUCAGUUUUCUCGGCACCAAGCAUGCCAGCUUUAGAAAGUGAACCAGCUCAAGCCUUGUCUGAACCCACUCAUGCCCUAUCUGAACAUUCAUAUGCUUUCAGCAAAGAUCACAAAACUACUGACCUUAAAGAAGUAGUUCAAUUAUGUGAUAAAGCUGCAACCAAACCUAUACUGACUCCACCCAAGACUCUGACCAACCACAGGUUAGGUCCCAUUAAGAAGCGUCACAAACUUUGCAAAGGGAUGGUCUCCAUUUCUAAUGAAACUGAAACUUCCACCGUUCAGAAUCCUGUUAGCAACUCGGGAGUACAAAAUACCACUGAUCUGUCUUCUCCACAGCAGCCUACAAACUCCACAACUGACGUAUGUUCUGCCCCAGAGUUGUUGCCUCCACCUGAGGUUACAUCACCACAGGAUGCAGAUCCACCCUCCUUGAUUCCUGAAGAUAUACAGACUGUUCCAAAUUACAGCUGCCAGCAAUGUCCUGAGGUUUUCAGCAACUCCGCGCUUUUAUCCGUCCACAUGCAAGUCCACAAGAGAAGAUUUGUCAGCCAUUUGUUUUGCAAGUACUGCCAAAAAAAGUUCAUGCACUUGAAGAGAUUGCGAAACCAUGAACAAGUGUGUGUGAAAGGCCCACCUGAGCUGGAGCUGAAUAGCAAAGAGGCUUUAGGUGAUCCGGAUUCAGAUAAUACUCCUGGCAUGGAAAAUGCAACUUUUCCGAUUCCUGACCUGCAAGAACCUCCAACGCUGAUAAGCUCAGUAGAGUCACCUGAAAAUGAACUUACCAAACCAAGCAGUGGUCAGCGGGUGUUUAAAUGCUCUGUGUGCAAACGAGCCUAUGUGACUCUUUCCAGCCUAAAGAGGCAUGAGAAUGUACAUUCAUGGCAGAGAGCCUAUCCUUGCCACUACUGCAAUAAGGUGUUUGCCCUCGCUGAAUACCGUACCAAGCAUGAAAUCUGGCACACAGGGGAGCGGCGUUAUCAGUGCAUCUUCUGUUUGGAGACAUUCAUGACUUACUACAUCCUAAAGAACCACCAGAAGUCCUUCCACGGCAUUGAUCCACGUCUAGCUGUGAAUAAAAAAUCUGCUAAUGGUGGUUUUAAGGGAAGCGUCUACCCUAUAAAGCUCUAUAGACUCUUACCAAUGAAGUUCAGGAAGAAAAGAUACAAGUCUUACAGUCACACUUACUCUGAAGGAAUGGACAACCAUGAGCAGCCGUUCAGUGCACCACUAGAGAGCAACUCACCAAGUACUCCACUUGAAGGUACAACUCCUUCAGGUAAUCCAGACGAUGUCAUUAGUGGUCAGUCAUUAUUUUCAAUGCCUGUGACUUUCAUGGCAACUCCAAAGAUGGUGGCUUCAGAAAUGCCUCGCAUUACUUUCGACCAACCUUCUGACCAAAAUUUGGACCGGUCCUCACCUUUUGAUAAAAAUAUGGCUUGCACACGGACUGGAGGCUUGAAUUCUGCUAACGUGCAUCGGAAAUCUGGAUUGCUAGGCUUUGAGGGUACUGGGUCUCCUGUAUUCAGCUACGGAUACACAGCUUCAGCACCAACGCAGGACAGCACAGGGUCCCCCAUGUUGGCGAAUGCAAGCAGCACAUCUUCCACAUCUGCACAAAACAGUAGCGAUGCAAACAGAGACGUAAUGCCAUUCCUCAACAUUCCACCUGUCUGUUCAUUUGAAGGCUUGAGUAAACUUAGUGAACUGUCGGCAGCAGCACAAACCAUUGAAGCAAUGGCGAACCAGCUGCUUCAGCCACAGACGGAGAAGAUGACCCAGAACCUUAGCCCUGGUGGAAAGACAGAAACAUACAUUGCCAAGCCUGCUUGUCCUGGUCCAUCGGUCAACAGCCAAGUUUUGCCACUCUGCCAAAUAACUGUCAAAAUUGGCAACGAGGCCAUCAUUCGACGCAAAAUUAAAGGCUCUAAGCUGUUCCCAAAGAAGAAAAAGAGAAGAAGCUGGAAGCAAGUGGAAGAUCCAAGCAGCACAGUUGAGGAUGGUGUAGGUUGCCCAAGUCUGCGCCUACGAGCAGAGGUUACAACUUCUGUCAAGGACAAUGAACCAUUUGAUGACGCAAACGAUCCUGAAAAUGAUAAACCUUGGCGUCCGUAUUACACAUAUAAACCUAAAAGAAAGGGCAAGAAAUUAAGAUCCAAACAGAAAAAGAUGAAGGAUGUUCAGUACUAUACAAGGCCUCUGUCUCCUGAACCAGACGAUGACCCAGAACCAGAUCACAGUCCAGUGGACCGCAUCCCAGCAGAAAACUCUAGCCUGGAGUCUAGGAGGCAGCUGAGGAGCCACAGCCCAAGGGAAGCUUUUGCAUGCAGCAGCUGCAGCAGUUCCUUCUCGACUCCAGCUUCUCUCAGCAUGCACAUCGCCAGCUGCCAUCAGCCUCACUGCAAGAGCUGUGGUAAACAGUGUCCCUCUGAGCAGCUUCCUAGCACAGAUGGACUGUUCACAGAAAAUACAGGCGAUUGUGUCUGCCAAAGCUGCACUGAGGACGGUUCCUGCUUUAGCUCAGAUGUUGUAGCCCACAGCUUGAGCAGUGAGAAACGCUACCGUUGCUCAUACUGCCCACAGCGGUUCCUGUACCUCGCCACCAAGAAGAGCCACGAGGCAAAACAUCUUGAAAAGUCCAGUAAGGGGCGCAGCUACCGGUACGGGCCAAAAGUCUGCAAGUCUGCAGCUUUGUUAAGCAUGCAUGAUGAGAAAACCAAGCACUUUAGUAAAAGUGAAAUAGUCAGAGAACCAUAUAGCUCAGAUGAUAAUGUGAGUGCAGGAUCAUAUUCUCCUCUUUCUUCCUCAAAAAGCAAAGGGAUGCCCAAAACUGAAUCCUGGGGAAGCCCUGAAAUCUGCUCCCCGCCAACUCCAAAAUCAGAAGAGUUAACACUGGACUUGGACCUAGACACCGAAGGAAUUCAUCGUAAAACCCACCACAUCCAUAAAAAAACUUCCCUGUCGUUUCCGUAUAAAAGUGACAGGCCUUUUUCACCCCUCCUUAAAGAGAUGCACAGGAGAAAAGCUAAGAAACGGAGCUUUCUAGAACGCUCCAAAGACUUUAAACUAGAAGGACACAGACAGGACUCUGCGGGAGCCGAGACACAAGGCCAAAAGGGCCGUCUGCCCGGCGCUGCAACAAGCAACCAUCUCAGCACUUCCAGGAUCUAUCCAACAUGUCUGACAAGAGUGCCUGUUACCAAGGGUGCUUCUCUGCAGUCACCCAAGUCAGAGUGGCGUUUGUGCAAAGAGGAACCUUUUUUUCACACCCACAACUGACUGUGCAGGAAGGAAGUGUGUCGUCUGCUGAUGUCACGUAGUAAAGUGAGAUGACGUUAAUGAGAAUGACUGACCUCGCAAUAUAAACUCGCACUUUUGAAGUUUCACAGCAGCAGCGGAAGUGUUAUUACUGUCAUGUUACAGCACUUGUAAGACAGCUGUGUAAAUACAGAGUAUUUUUGUUGUUUCACGCAAAUGAAUAUAACUAACGGUAGUUUUUCAUGAUUUUUCUAUGAGGAGAAAAAUAAUUUUAUUUUUGUAAGCUUUAUUUCGUUGAUCAUGCAUUUCACGGGGUUAUCAGCAUCAGUGUGAUCUGAUCUGGUUGCCUCUCAGUUUAGAAUGUUGAAAGCUGUAAUAUUUAACUGUUUAACUUCCUCCACUUUUUCUCCAUGUUACUCAUAUCGGACCUAUCUGCUGCAAUCCCUAGUUAGUCUUCAUUCACAAUGUCGCACUCAGAGCACACUUUAUUUUUGAAGAAGGGAACAGUGUAACAGUGUUAGAAAUGUAAGGCAGUCAUUUCCUUAAUAACCACAGCAAUGGCACUGAAAGGUAAUACAGUCAAGUAUUUUCUUCCUCUGCACAUAAAGAAGAAAACAUGAAGAAGUCUGGGAGAACUACGUACAGCUGGAACCAAGACUGUCACAGAUCCACCAGACGGUUUAACAACAAAACAGUGUUGAUCACCAUUUCUGUGGACAAUCCAAAAUAAAAUGCAUUUAGUUAUAUGCAUAUUUAUUAUUAUUUCAGUGUGCAAUCUUAAUGAACUAGUCAUAAAUGGUUCUGAAAAUAUAACUAUAAGUCUGCUGUACAAAAAUAGUACUGACUUUAUAAACAGCACUUUAUUAACA